UUCCCCAGCCCAGGGCUUCCGGCCGAGCCUAACGCCACUUCCGGGCGGUGAGGCGCGGCGGCCGCCAUCUUGGGCGGCUGGAAGGCGGGGGAGGGAAGCGGCGGCGGCGGCGGGGCUCGCGGGCCCUCCUGCUCCUCCUGGUCCGGCGGCGGCCUCGGGCCUCCCUCAGCCGGCGCAGACACCCAUGGCCGGGCAGUUCGACGCGGAGGACCAGGCGAGCUGGUACUGGGGGCGGCUGAGCCGGGCCGAGGCGGUGGGGCUCCUGCAGGGGCAGCGCCACGGGACCUUCCUGGUCCGGGACUCCGGCACCAUCCCCGGCGACUUCGUCCUCUCCGUCUCCGAGAGCUCCCGCGUCUCCCACUACAUUGUCAACAGCCAAGGCGGAGGUGGAGGAGUGGCGGCGGCCGCCCCGGGGUUGAAUAAUCCUUCUAGGUUUCGAAUAGGUGACCAAGAAUUUGACUCCCUGCCAGCUUUAUUGGAGUUCUACAAAAUACACUACUUGGACACUACAACCUUGAUAGAACCUGUUUCAAAAUCAAAGCAUAACAGUGAUGUGCAGCUGAGGCAGGAGGAAGCUGAGUAUGUUCGUGCUCUUUUUGACUUUAAUGGCAAUGAUGAUGAAGAUCUUCCAUUUAAAAAAGGAGAAAUAUUGAGAAUCUGGGAAAAACCUGAAGAGCAAUGGUGGAAUGCAGAAGAUAGCGAAGGCAAGCGAGGGAUGAUCCCUGUUCCAUACGUUGAGAAGUGUAGACCUGCCUCUGCUUCAGUAUCUCCUCUGAUUGGAGGUAACCAGGAUAGUAUUCUUCCACAGCCACUGGGUGGACCUGAGCCAGGUCCCUAUGCCCAGCCCAGCAUCAACACUCCGCUCCCCAAUCUCCAGAACGGCCCCAUUUUUGCCCGGGUUAUCCAGAAGCGGGUCCCUAAUGCCUACGACAAGACAGCCUUGGCUUUGGAGGUUGGCGAGCUGGUAAAGGUCACCAAGAUUAACAUGAGUGGCCAGUGGGAAGGAGAGUGCAAUGGCAGGCGAGGGCACUUUCCAUUCACGCAUGUCCGGCUGCUUGAUCAACAGAAUCCUGAGGAAGACUUCAGCUGAGUGUGGCUCAACUGUUCUGCUUACAGAUGGGAACAAACCAAUGGAGUUCGGCUGCAGCUGCAAUAGACUGUUCCUAAAGAUGUCAAAAGCAGUGUUGUUUCUGCAAGAUCCUGAUACUGAAGAAAUGCCCCUGGGACCUAACGCCUGCAAAAGGCUUGUCUUUUUUCAGGGUACAAAACUCGAUGGCUUCUGUGCCAAGUGGCAAAGGUUGCGUGUGAAAAUAGGUGUAAUGGAGACCGCAGCUCCCCCCCCUUCCUCUUCCCCGGCGGGAGGAUGAGAACAGCUCAAAAAGUUCUUGUUUCUGGCUUUAUCAGUCCUGUUGCUUUGUCUGUAGCCAGAAAAGCUGGACAGUUAAUUAAGAAACUCAUAACUUCCCAAUCCCAAAAAAAUUCCUCUCUUUGGAUUUGACUUGUAACCUCUGUGUCAUAACUGCUUGUUGCAUAAUGAGUACAAUUUGCAUAGUGCAGAUAAUUGUUAAUAUAAUAUUUUGAUACUGGGAUAGCUGUUGCAUAACUACUACCAUUUGAAUGGGUAAGGGCCAGGGGCAGUUUUUUUCUGGGAAAGUCAGUUUCAGAAAUCAGGCUCCAGUACCGGCAUAGCAAGUAGCUGAUUUAACAUCAGAGGUAGAUAUUAAUACCUAAACAUAUGGGUAGGCUAUUGAGCUUUCCUCCUAGUGCAGAGAACUCCAUUCAUUGCACUUUAUUCACUAAUGCAAGUAAGGAUAUUAGUUACUAAAUCUGCUACAGAUCUGAGCGCUACACUCCAAAGGUAACUUUUAACCAGCUGCAGGUAGGAAUAGAACAGAUUGUCUGAAAGUCUUUACAUGCUUUUACUAAUUCAGUAUAGUAAGACAAGCAUCGCCAUCAUAAAUUGAAAUACCACAUACUUUUUCCCCUUAAAUUGCUAUUUAGGAUUGUUUUGUUUCUAUCUGUAGAGCGUUCAAAUGGUGGAUCCAUGAAGAUCUUCUUUUUAAUAAACUAAUGGAAAUGCUUAAA